AUGUCUGGAAAAGGCUACUUGGACAACACUGCCCUACACGCGCAGGCAAAAUGGCGAUCAGCCCUCCUCACAUAUCCUGGAAAUCUGCAAGAAGCUUUACGAGAAGCGCAAAAAGACCCUAAGAAAACUAUGUUUGGCAUUGCUCAAGGUAUCCCUAGCUCUUUUUUAACAAAGGUUUAUGCUUCUGUAAGGCCAGAUUUUGUUUGGAUUGAUGUUGAGCAUGGCAUGUUUGAUCGAAUAGUACUUCACGACGCUAUUCAUGCAGCACAGCAUCAUUCAGAAGGCAAAACAAUGGCCUUAGUUAGGGUACCCAAAGAAGACGAAUGGGCUUUAACUACGGCUUUGGACGCUGGCGCAGCUGGCAUUAUUAUCCCUCACAGUGAAAGUAAAGAGGAAGUUGAAGAGUUCAUGAAGAGAAUCUAUUACCCUCCUCUUGGCAAUCGCUCAUUUAGUCCGUGGAUUUUUACUCCUGGCAUUUCAGAUGCUUCGUUAUAUCCAGACGAUGCAUUCAAUAUGAAAACAUCAAAUAAACAUGUCGCUGUAAUUCCACAAAUAGAGAGUGUACAAGGAAUCUCGAAUGUUGAAGAGAUUGCUUCAAUACCUGGUGUCUCAGCGCUCAUGUUCGGGCCCGGCGAUUUCAUGGCAGAUGCAGGGGUACCACUAUCUCUAGGCGAACCUCAUCCUACGCUUCUUUCUGCUAUGGAGAGUAUGUCAAAGGCAAGCAAAAAAUACAACGUGCCGCUAUGGGGUGCUGCUACGAACCUCGAUAUGGUUCCACAGAUGAUUGAAUCAGGCUAUCGUGCAAUUAUGGUUUUGGAUGUGUGGUCAAUUGCCAAUAUGAUAAAGUCCACGAUUGAGAAAGUGAAGGAGUCAAUUACAAUUUAA